ACUCGCCACCACAGAGACUGAGAAAAAAACAGCCCAGUCUACCACUGAAGAAUCUAUUCUCUCUCCUUGUAUGCUCACUCGUUCUUUCACCUCCUGGGACAUGAUGUGGAAAACACUGGUAUUAGCUGUGUGUCUGUUAGUGGCUGGGGUGCAGGGGAUGGAGCGCCCCACGUAUGGAGUGAAGCUAUGUGGCCGGGAGUUCAUCCGGGCGGUCAUCUUCACCUGUGGAGGAUCUCGCUGGAGACGGUCACUCGGGAGUGCAGGAGACUUCCCUCAGGACCCUUUCAGCUCCCAUGACGAGGACUCAUCUGAAGGCUGGAACCCAGACUCCCAGGUCCCAGAGAGUCCCUUCCAGCAUGUCCAGGAGGGUGGGGUGUUCAUCAGCAGGCCAGCCCGCUCCCUCAUCUCAGAGGAGAUACUGGAGGCUCUCCGUAUGUCAGACCGUAAGGGCCGUGAUGUGGUGGUGGGCCUGUCCAACGCCUGCUGCAAGUGGGGCUGCAGCAAGGGAGAUAUCAGCUCCAUUUGCUGAGAAUCCACCGCAUUCUCUCCCCUCCCAUGCACACACAUAGCCCUACACAUACCUUGUAUUUUCUCAUAUCUCUCUCUCUCGGUUUUUCUAACUGCUCUCCCCAGUAAUUCCGAGUUAAAGUAUCAUGUUAACUGUGCAGGGAGAAUAUAACCUUAUUCUCCAUAUAGACCCAGUCGGUAUUAGAUUGAACGUGAUGACCCUACCUGCCUGUAAAACAACCUGUGUUUACCUAGGUUUCCUCAUUGGCUCACAGCAAAAACGUUAUCUUUUUCAAACGCAAGUUUCUCAUUGUCUGCUUGUUUUAGUCAAUUACAAAACUCAAUUUAAGAAAAGUACAACAUGUCUAAAGAUUACUUUUCAAUAUUGCCUCUCCCUAGCGUUCUCACUACUUAGAAAAACGUAAUAUUGUAGGGCUUCCCUUAUUAUGCCCUUUUUCAUGACAAUGCUAGCAGCAACUUGAGUGAGAGCUAGCUACCGACCGGGACAUUAAGCUAGCCAAGACCAACAGCACAAACAAUCUGACUAUCCAGCCAGUGGAAUUACAAACGGACAGUAUGAGCUAAACAAGUUAAAUGUGUUAACCGUGAUGACAUGUUUUCCACACACAUAGCUACGUAUAGCCUACUUGGACACCGCGUCCCCACAUUUCCCACACCGAAUAGCCUGAAGCCACAGGGCUCUUCUCGCAGGCUCUAUUUCCCAACGUGGGACCAUUGCGAACCAUAGGUCGGAAUUUCUGACCUGGCUACUACAUGUACAUUGAACAACACAGGAGUAUUUUGGCAUGUUUUGUUAUUUCUGUAUAACAAAAAAAUCUGCGGGUUUCCCCCAAUUUAUGGGCGUGGUCUACGGGAAUUCCUUAUUAUUAUGUCAUUACCGACUGGGACUGAAUACCGAUAUCUUCCUGUCUCUAUACGUGUGGAAUUUGGCUACCUGUGAUGAAAUGUGGUUUCCAGACCUCUUUCUCCAUUGCUGUUUUUGGAUCCUUCAUACUUUUUGUCCAUUCACUGUCGUCAUUCACAUGGCCCUUAUUUUAUUUUUUAAUCUGUCAAAUCUGUUUUAUUUUGGAUUAUGAACCUGUUAUAAAGGUUUUAAUAAAGAUUUGAUUUGCUUAA